AUGGCAAAGAUCACUUACUUUGAAGACAAAAAAAACUUUGAGGGCCGCUUCUAUGAAGUCACCACAGACCAGCCAGACCUGCAUGCCCACCUCAACUGCUGCAACUCUGUCAAGGUGGAAAGUGGCAGCUGGAUGAGCUAUGAACGUCCUAAUUACAUAGGCCAUCAGUACUUCCUGAGAAAGGGAGAAUAUCCUGACUACCAGCAGUGGAUGGGCUUCAGUUACUCCAUCAGGUCUUGUUGUAUCAUCACAGCACACAGCUGGCUACAGAUCUAUGACAGGAAUGACUUCGGAGGCAGGAUUUUGGAGUUCAUGGAUGACUGCCCCUCUCUCCAGGAAGAUUUUCACUACAAUGACAUCCAGUCAUGUAAUGUCCUUGAAAGGAGCUGGAUUUUCUAUGAACAGCCACACUUCCACAGACAGCAAUACCUCCUGAAGCCUGGCGAGUACAGGCGAUUCACUAACUGGGGUGCCACAACUGCCAAAGUUGGAUCCUUCCAACCAACAGUGGAUAUUUCCUAA